GUUUGGUUCUCUUUCACAAAUCCGUUCUAAUUUCGAAUCAGAGUUUACAGAAGAAGAAGAGUCCCAUUUGCUCUCUUCUCCUUCUCCCCCAUUCCCGCUCCGACAAUUCUUUGAUUCUUUGGAAUCCUUCAAAACCCUAAACCCUCACAGCCCCGAAUUUUUGAAUUCAUCCUUCAAACAAAUCUCCAAUGGCUACCAAUCUCGCCCUCCGAUUGAGAUCACAGCUCCUCUUGCGGUCAACUCGUUUCCAGUCCACUUUCCGCCACAUUCCAGCUCCCCCCAUCUCCAAAUCUUCAUCUCUAAUUUCCCCCCCACUCUCCGAUUUCCGUCGACUUCCUGAUGUACCGGUCUUCAGCUUCUCUGGGUUUCGCUUUCUCUCAACGGCACGGCGGAAUUUGACCCGUCCGAAGCAAGUAGACAUCGGAGCCCGCGCCCGGCAGCUCCAGACGCGGCGGCUCUGGACCUACGCUCUGACCUUCAGCUGCAUCGCGGGGUUUAUCGUGAUCGUACUCAGUAAUUUUCAGGAGCAUCUGAUGUUCUACGUGACGCCGACCGAUGCACUUGAGAAAUACUCGGCGAAUCCGUCGAAGAACAAGUUCCGGCUUGGUGGUCUGGUUCUCGAAGGCAGCGUGGUGCAUCCGGCGUCGUCUCCGCAAAUGGAGUUCGUGAUUACGGAUUUGAUCACAGAUAUAUUGGUCAGGCAUCAGGGAUCGUUGCCGGACUUGUUUAGGGAGGGGCAUUCGGUGGUGGUGGAGGGUUUUGUGAAGCCAUUUACCGAUGAGAUAAGGAAGGAGGUCUCUACGAAGAGUGUUUCGGGGAAAGCGAGGAGUGGGGAUUACUACUUUUCGGCUACUGAGGUUUUGGCAAAGCAUGAUGAGAAGUAUAUGCCUGCGGAGGUUGCUGCAGCUAUCGAGAAGAAUAAGAAGAAGAUCGAGGAAGGAGAAUUGGGGGUGAACCACGCUUGAUUCUCAAAUGGGUACAACGAUUCAAAAUUACUUUUUGUGAUAUUUGUUUCAAUAUAAUACAUACAACAAUAGCUUCAGAAAACGUGAUGAGUUGUAUUCCUGUAGUUAGGACUUGAUUAAUCAAUAUUUUUGUGAGGUAGUAUACCCUCUGGGUAGGGUGAGAGCAAUUGGUUUUGAUUAUUUUGAGGCAUCUGAUCUGACUGACAUCUCAAAUUUUGUCCUGCAAUACUUGUACCGAAAUCUUUGGUGAUUCCUUAUUAUUCUGAAUAAAAUGAAAUUACUGAUGGAUGUUA